AUCAACUACCGCAUGAAGGUAACUCUUCAAGAUGGUAGGCAAAUGGUCGGGCAGAUGCUCGCAUUCGACAAGCACAUGAAUCUUGUACUCGCCGACACAGAAGAAUUCCGCCGCACACGGAGAAAGGGCAAAGCCGCACCGGGCGCAACCCAGCAAGUCACCGAAACCGAAGAACGACGCGCCAUUGGACUCACCAUUAUUCGUGGUGCUCAUGUUAUUUCACUGUCAGUUGAUGGACCACCGCCU